AUGAUAAAAUAUUCUAGAGUUGUUUCAAGUGAAGAAGGUCGAUUAUUAGCUCGUGCAUGGAAUGUUCAUUUUAUUGAAGCAUCAGCUAUGAAUUUAGAGGCUGUAAAAAAAUUAUUUGAAAAAAGUAUUCAUGCUAUGAAUUAUAUUGAUCCAAUAGAAGAUAUUAAUCAAGAUAAUUCAAUUGAAAAACAUACAAAUGAUAUUAAUUCUUCAUCAUCAUUACGGAAUGGUUUCAAUAGAAAACAAAAUGGAAAUUUAUCAUCGAAAGAACAAUCAUCAAAAACAAUAUGUAUCAUUUCCUGA